AUGGCAGAUCUAAGUGUUAUUCUACUAACUACCCUGGCGGUCUUAUUUUUACCCCAAUCCCAAGCUAUCUGUGGUUAUGAGUCGUGCCCAGAAACGAAGGAAGACAUGAUCAAUAUCCAUCUGGUUCCCCACUCCCACAACGAUGUAGGUUGGCUUAAGACAGUAGAUCAAUCCUACUACGGCUACAAGAACGCCAUCCACCACGCUGCCGUUCAGUAUAUACUAGAUAAUGUGGUGACUGAGCUCAUAAAGGACCCCAAGCGGCGAUUCAUUCAGGUGGAGACCGCCUUCUUUGCCAAGUGGUGGAAGGUGCAGUCGGAAACCAUGCGUCAGGUGGUGAGGAAGCUAGUGAACGAGGGACGCUUCGAGUUCACGGGUGGAGCCUGGAGCAUGAACGAUGAAGCUUCUGUAAACUACCAGGAAGUGAUUGAUCAAUUCACUGUUGGAUUAAAAUUCCUGAACGAAACCUUUGGUGCCUGUGCCCGGCCUCGAGUUGGCUGGCAGAUUGACACUUUUGGCCAUUCCCGAGAACAAGCGGCCAUUUUUGCCAAUAUGGGCUUCGAUGGCCAGUUCUUUUCGCGGAUGGACCACAACGACAAGGACACCCGUCUGGAGAACCUCUCUAUGGAGAUGGUUUGGGAGGCCAGCGAAUCACUCAGCGGCUUGGAGCUCUUCUCCGGCCUGCUUUACAACUUCUACUCGGAUACUCCGGGCUUUUGCUUUGACGUACUCUGUGAUGAUGAGCCGAUUAUCGAUGGCAAGGGUCCCAGCAACAAUGUUGAGUCUAGGGUAGACGAGUUCCUCGACUAUGCCGAGGAGGUAUCCAGCCAUUUUCAAACCAAUCACAUUAUGAUACCCAUGGGUGGGGAUUUCCAAUACGAGGAUGCCAGAAUGAACUACAAAAACAUGGACAAGCUUAUUAGAUAUGUCAACGAACGUCAAGCCAAUGGAUCCAUCUAUAACAUCUUCUACUCCACCCCGAGCUGCUACUUGAAUUCCCUUCAUCGAAGCCUGAAGUCGUGGCCCAGCAAGACCCUGGACUUCUUUCCAUAUGCCCACGAAAGUUGGAGCUUUUGGACAGGAUACUUUUCGUCGCGACCAACCCAGAAGCGCUUUGUACGUGAAGGAAACCAGUUUCUCCAGGUGGUCAAGCAACUGAGUCUGCUGGCCCAUCUCUCCAGCGACCAGCAGACCGAGGACCUAGACUAUUUGAGGCAAAUAAUGGGAGUGAUGCAGCACCACGAUGCCAUCACGGGAACCGAGAGGCAGGCCGUCUCCGAUGACUACGAUCGCUUGACCUAUGAUGCUAUUGUGGGAGCAGCCAACAACGCCCGCGAUGCUCUCAGAAUCCUUACCAACCUGCCCGAUGGGGAGUUCGAGAGCUGCCUCAGGCUGAACAUCAGCGAGUGUGCCUUCACCAAGGACGGCGCGGACAACGUAAUGGUGACCUUUUACAAUCCCUUGGCCCAUGAGACGUCUCAGUACAUACGCAUACCCGUCUUAGAAGAAAAUUACGAAGUGACUGACGAGAGAGGAAACAAGGUUCCUUCUGAGAUUCUUCCAGUUCCUUGGCAGGUUCUGGCUUUGGAGCACCGACCCAAUAAUACACAGCACGAGCUGGUUUUCAAAGCAACAGCCAAUAAAGUUGCCAACUAUUUUAUAAAAAGAAUGAGGAAACAAAGGAAGAAAAAAUCCCUGUCAUUCAAAAGAGACCUCGUGAUUCUGACUGAAGUUGUGGUACAGAACUCGAUCGUUAAGUUAGUUAUAGAUAGUCAAUCAGGACUUCUGAAGAGCAUCGAAAUGAACGGAGUUUCCCAGGAAAUUGUGCAAAACUUUGGAAUAUACAAAACAAACACCUCUUGCGCGUACACCUUUCGGCAGGAAGAUGAGCUCAAGUCAGUUCACGAAAGCAUUGAGUUCAGUAUUUACGAAGGAUCUUUGGUCAAGGAAAUCCAUCAGCAUGUCAACGAGUGGAUUUCGCAGGUGAUUCGACUUUACGAAGGUGUCAACCGUGUGGAGUUCGAAUGGAUGGUCGGACCAAUCCCCCUGGAUGGCGAUGUAGGUGGUGAAAUAGUUACCAACUUCCAGAGCGGGAUUUCGUCAAAGGGUGUCUUUUACACCGAUUCUAAUGGUCGUGAGAUGAUAAAGCGCGAAAAAGACAAGCGUGAGGACUUUGUUUCCGACUUGAGCCUCCAACCCAUAGGCGGAAACUUCUAUCCAGUCACUUCACGCAUUGCUCUGCAGGAUGACAGCCAUCGCUUGGUCCUGCUGACGGAUCGAUCGCAGGCGGGGACGAGCCUAGAGGAUGGCCAGCUUGAAAUGAUCCUACAUCGCCGGCUGCUAUUCAACGAUGGCGGUGGUGUGGGUGAGCCUCUGAACGAGGAGCAGUUUGGCAAGGGAUUGAUUGCCAGAGGAAAAUUGUACCUUAUUUUGAAAUCCGUUGAAGAUGGAGACACUAGCUCUGAACGGGUGAUGGAGAAGGAGCUGUCACUUCCCUUCUGGAAGUUUUUCAGCACAGCUGGUAAAGAUGGUAGGGUUUCUUUAGACUCAUUACCUGAUUUCAAUGAUCUUCCGGAGUCAAUUCACCUGCUAACCCUGGAAUCCUUUACUGAAACUGAAGUUCUGCUUCGCCUCGAAAACUUUUUGGAUGCAACAGAAGGAGGUCCAGUUACCUUUAACAUUCGCCACAUCUUCGACAGCCUCAAUGGAGUGGAGAUCAGGGAGACUACUUUGGAUGGGAACUUGCCUCUCAGCGAGAUGAAGCGUUUCAAAUUCCAAGCUCAGAAAUCCGGAAAUCCACCCACAGCUUUGGAAUACACUACCGUCCAGUUCAAGCCAUUAGAGGCGAGUGAGCUUGAUGAAGCCUCAAAGUUUUCUGUAUUAUUGAAUCCGAUGCAAAUUCGCACUUUUAUCAUUAAAACUGCAUAG